AUCAUGUUUAAAGUUCCCCCCAACCCCUGUUCAUUUAUUCCAUAAAUAGCUAUUAAGUGAUUCUAAGCCUUGGGGAUGCAGAGGUGAAGAGAGACAAGGUUGGCCCCUGUCCUUGUGGAUCUUAUGUUCAGUGCAGGCAGUUUGGAUGUCAGAGAAAGGACAGGGUGGUGGCUUUUUCCAGGCAGGCUCAAGGAUGGAGGUCACAAUGUGUACUUUGUGAUGAGAUCUACGACGUAACUGGGAUGGCAGCAAGGACUCCAAGGGGAGCCAGGCCUCCCUCCUGCAGGACUAGACUCAUGUUCUCUCUCUGCCAGGGCAUCUUCCAUCCCACACCCAGUCAGAGACCUCUUUGGGGCCCCUCCUCCUUCCAGGCAGAGAAGCCAGUACGCUGCCUGCCACCGGAGUCUUUGCCUGGGCCGCACAUGAAGCGCUGGCAGAUUUUUGUUCUGUGGGUCUUGUGGGUGCUCAUCUUAUGGCUGAUGGCCACCUGCUUGGACCUGACACCUGCUGAAUCAGCACUCCAGGAAGAACGGACAUACUUGGUACCAUGGAGUUGUACCUGCCGUUGGUUCAAACCCAAGAAGUGUGGCUGCCCUUCUGAGACCCUCAACUGCUCCUCCUGCCACCAUGCAGCUGGAGGAUGUCACUGGUUUGAUGCAUACUGUGAGAAUACCAAGGGGUACCUGAUGAGGAAAAAAGAGUCUAUGGCUUCUGACGCUGUGCUCUGGUGGCUGGGCAUGAACUCAGGGAGUCAGCUUGGUAAAGUGUGGACGACACUAUUUAAAGUGAUUCUCAGACCCUCAGCGAGCCAUUUUGAUUUCUCCUGUGGGGCUUGCGUGAUGCUGGGGAGCCCACAGAUCCUGCCUGGCUCUGGCCUGAGCAGCAACAUGGACCGGAACCGCGUGGCCUUCAGGAACGCCAGCGACCAAGGUUCCUGGAGGCAGCUGCUGCUGCUGCUCCUGCUUCCUGACCUGGCAAGGACUUCAGAUGCUCUGGGUGACGAGAUUUCAGAAGAUGGCCCAGUUUUCUAAUGGCAUGGGACAUGGCAAAGGCAAGAUCACCCUCUUUGGAUUAGGAUCAGAACAGCAAGGAAAGUGGUUCUAUUACUAGGAGCAUGCUAAUCAGACCAACAGCUCCAAGGAGAUAUUGUCCCUGGAUGGUGCAGAAGCAGAAAUGGAAGUUGUUCGUCAGCUACAGUGUGUGGGCAAGCUCACCAUCCACACAUGAUGUCCAGCUGAGUCCCACGAGUCCUAGUCCUUGGGCGUGAAUGCAGGCGAGUGUUGGGAUUACAGCAGCAAUGACGGCAGCAGUGUGACUGUGGAGACUCUCAGGGGUAAUGGGCAAGAGGAAAUUGUAUGGAGAUCAGUCUGGUGCUGAAUAAAAUCCUGGCCUGAUUCUCUUA